AUGCAUAUGAAUAAAGCGAUAUUUGUCUGGACAAGCUGUUGCGCGUUCCUGUUCUUAUUGAUUUUAAAACUUGACGAAAUUGUUUACUGGAACUGGUUCAUCAUAUUCAUACCAAUGUGGUCUUUUGACUUUAUGUUAUUUACUACCUCAAUAUUAUGUAUGUCACGGAAAUUCACCCAUAUAGUUGGUCAACAUAACGUUGGAAGUAGAUUAGGUCACACUCUCAUAUUGUUGAGAAAACAUUGUGAAUACCAUAGUUCGCAGGAUAUUGUUGAGAAAACAUUAAAAAAAACAGACUCAACUGAAUCGUCACUAAAUUACGUUCUGUCAAUUGUCAUAAUCUUUCAAUAG